AACGCGUAGUUGCAAAGAAGUAAGAUGGGAGACACUGCAGAGUGGAGCUGGUAUUCAUUGGUGUUGUGUAGCAUCGGUUCCAUUACGGUUGUGUAUUACAUGCUGAGGUGGUCUUGGCAGUGUUGGCAUGGAUUCAAAGUGUACGUGCUCUCUGAGAUCUGGCAAACGGACCUGAGGACAUAUGGCCAAUGGGCUGUUGUAACUGGAGCAACAUCAGGGAUUGGUCGUGCAUAUGCUGAAGAGCUUGCCAAACGAGGAUUAGACAUUGUUCUGAUCAGUCGCUCGGACGACAAGCUGCGCAGUGUCGCCAAGGAAAUAGAAUCUCGGUACAAGCGCCAGACACAUCUGAUUCAGACAGACUUCACAGAGGGCCAUUCCAUCUACUCUGCUAUCACACAACAGCUAGAGGGCCUAGAGAUCGGAAUUCUGGUGAACAAUGUAGGUAUGAACUAUAUAGGGGUUCUGGCAAAUUUUCUGGAUGUUCCUGAUCCAGACCAGAGAAUCACACAGGUGAUAAACUGUAACACACUAUCCGUCACUCAGAUGUGCAGACUCGUUUUGCCAGGCAUGCUUGAAAGGGGGAAAGGCCUCAUUAUAAACAUAUCAUCAGAAGCGGCAUCUCAGCCCCAGCCAAUGCUGUCGGUGUAUUCUGCCACCAAGAUAUUUGUAACAUAUUUCUCUCGCUGUCUGCAUGCAGAAUACAGGUCAAAAGGAAUCACGGUUCAAUGUGUGGUCCCGUUUAUAGUCUCCACUAAUAUGACUCAUAAUAUCCCUGUGAAUCCACUGGUGAAAAGUGCUGCUUCAUUUGCUAGAGAUGCUCUGAACACUGUGGGUUACACAACAUACACAAGCGGAUGUUUAACUCAUGCACUGCAGCACUAUGCACUGUCCAUUUUUUUCCCGGGCUGGCUGCGUCUCUCGUCCUUUUGUGUGCAACGCAUGGCAACAUUUGCUCGUAGCACUGAACUCCAAUUAAAGGAGAGGAUGGCAGAGACAAAAAACAAAUAGGACUGACACAAAUCAGUGGACCACAGAGAUGAACAUAAAAAUCACACAGAUACACAAAUAUGCGUAUAAUGGCAUCAACAGUAAGAACUAAACACAAAAACAGUUUUUACUGCAGUGACAGGAAAACAGAUGCAUUAUUAAGAUAGUGACAUUUACAUUUUUAUGGUAAGUUGGCAGAUCUAUGGUCUAUAUAAAAUUAACAUUUUGUAUUUGCUUCAGAAUCAGGAGUCUGAACCUAUGGACCCUUUUCACGGUUCAGUUCGAUGACAUUUACAGCAGGGUAAAUUGAGAAAGGGUACAUAUAACCUUCCCUCCCUUAACUGCAUAUUAUUUAAUCUUAUGUAUAUUUACACUGCUGUUCAAAAGUUUCAUAAUUAAUGAUUAAUGCUAACAUUGAAUUUUCAAAAGACAGCAAGAUGUUGAAAGGAGUGCAGAUUCCUUUUAUGGUGGAUAUCUUUUUAGUUACAAGGGCGUAAUUUUUCCCUUUGUUUUAUGAGUUGAAUGAAUCAGCAUUUGUUUAGAAAUGCGAUAUGCCAAUUGUGAUGCUUAAAAGGUCUAGUUGUGUUGGCAAUAAUUAACCACAUCAUAUGAAUGUUUCAGUGAAUGAUCAUAUGACGGGCCUUUCAUGCAGUUUCAAAUACGGAGUGACAGUAGAUUUUACCUCCC